AAAUCAAAUCCAAAAUAACCCAAAAGCUUGAAACAAUGACCACUCAUCUUCUCCUCCGCCGUUGCUGCGCUCCGCCGGCCAUCGCCGGCGUUCGCCGUCCCGAUCGCCGCCGCAGCUUGAACCCUCCCAUCAUUCCCAAUAUCUGGAGAAGAAGAACCCUAAUCCUCCUCUCCCUCUCUCCCAUCCCAACCUUGAUUCCCGUCGCUGCUCAACCCUCGCCUGAAGAUCUGAAACCCUACGCCGAUCGUGCGGAAGGGUUCGAGCUUCUGGUGCCGGAGGCAUGGACGAAGGUGGAGAAGGCCGGGGCGACAGCAUUGUUCGAAGAGAAAGGGAAGGGGAGCAAUAACAUCGGCGUGGUAGUGAACCCAGUGCGGCUCUCUUCUCUGCGAGACUUCGGCUCUCCGGAGUUCGUCGCCGAGAAGCUCAUUCAGGCCGAGAGAAAAAAGGAAAGCACAAGAGCUGCAGAGAUUGUGAAAGUGGGAGAGAGAUCAAAUGAAGAUGGAAUACCAGUUUAUGAGUUUGAGUAUGUAUUGGAUAGCACAAGGGGAGGAAUUAAGAGGAUUUUUUCAGCUGCAUUUGUGGCUUCUAAGAAGCUUUAUCUUCUCAACAUUUCCCAUUCUGAUCCUCCGGAGUCUCCUUUGGAUGAUCAUACUCGGUUCUUACUUGAAUCAGUUCUUCGUUCUUUUGACACGGCUCACUGAAAACAACGGUAUCAGAGUUUGAUUCUUUCUCGCUUGUUUGCAGAGUGUGACCAUAAAAAUAGUGUUUUUAUGGAUACAAUCUUCGAAGAAUGUGGCUUGCAGAAUGUGACCGUAAAUAUCAUAUUUUUAUGGAUACAAUGUUUGAAGAACAGAAUGGUAUCAGAGUUUGAUUCUCUCUGUUAGACUGAGACAGUGAAUACGAAUUGGUGUUCAUUAUAUCUACCUUUCUUGCAACAAUGGUAUCAAAAUUUGAUUCUCUGCA